GUGAAAAUCUACUCUAAAUAAAUAAAAUAUUAGUUAAUAACACAAUUAAAGAUUCACAUAAAUCUGAAUAACACAAAUUGAUUUAAAAAUGAUAAAUCUCGAGGACAAAUUUAAAUAAAAAUAUUUGAUGAUAAUAUAAUAGAUAAGAAUUAAUAAUAGAAGAUAUAACCUUUCAAUUUGAUAAACAAUGUCUCUUACUCCGUUACCACUUAUUUCUAAAUUAUCCAAGCAAGUGAUACGAAUAUUAGGAUGUAAUCCCGGUGUAAUGACACUUCAAGGUACUAAUACAUAUUUGGUUGGAACUGGAGAGAGACGUAUAUUGAUCGAUUCUGGAGAUGAAGAUACUGCUCCGCAGUAUAUUCAAGCACUACAAAAUGUUCUGAAAGAUGAAAAUGCUACAGUUGAACAUUUAAUUAUUACUCACUGGCAUCAUGAUCAUAUUGGAGGUGUAAAAGCUGUUGAACAAUUGAUCCAAUCAAGCUCUGGGGAAAUCCCAACAAUUUGGAAGUUACCAUUACCAGGAAAUAAAGAUAAAAAUAUCUUUCAAAAUAACUGGAAAAAAUUGAUUGAUGAUCAAGUUAUCAAUGUAGUAGGUGCUGAAAUUAUUGUUAAAUAUACACCAGGUCAUACUGAAGAUCACGCUUGUUUAAUGUUCAAUCAAGAAUCAAAUGAUAAUAUUCUCUUCAGUGGAGAUUGUAUUCUUGGAGAAACUACUGCUGUUUUUGAAAAUUUAAGCGAUUACAUGGCAUCAUUGAAGAAAAUAUUAUUGUUAAAACCUAAAACUAUUUAUCCUGGACAUGGUCCGGUUGUUGAAGAUCCUGUAAUUAGAAUUACACAUUAUAUCAAUCAUAGAAAUCAACGUGAAAUGCAAAUUCUAGAAACUUUGACUGAUCAUCCUACUGGCCUAUCUGUUACAGACAUUGUUAAAAUUAUUUAUAAGAAUACACCAGAAAAUUUGUGGCCAGCAGCUUCAAUCAAUAUUUCUCAUCAUCUUCAAAAACUAUUGAAAGAACAAAAGGUAAAAGUUAUUGAUAAUAACAUUUGGUAUUUAAGUUGAUGGAAUUUUUCAUUUUAAGAGAUAAUUAUUACUGAUAGGAUAGAUUUUUAAAAUUAAUAAUUAACUAACAACUGUCC